AAUCAUGUUGUUUUUUAAAUCGACGACAACAAUGAUGAUGAUGAUUGGUACAACAAAAUCAUCAAUUUUUACGGCAAUAACGAUCAAUACAAUUGUAUUGGUAUUAUUUUCAUUGAUCAAGCAUACAAAUGCCGGCGCCUACGAUCUACCAGCCGGUACAUUGAAACAAACCGGAUUAACCGAAUUAAAACGUACAUUUAAAUGUGAAGCUGAAGGUUAUUUUGCCGAUGUUGAUAAUGAAUGUAAAAUUUAUCAUCAAUGUAAUUCAUUCAAUUCGAAAAAAGGAUCCCCAAACAUAAAAUAUGCACAAACAACAAUGGCAUGUGGUGAGAAUCAAAUAUUUGAUCAAUCAAAAUUUGCCUGUAAAGAUGAAUCGGAUGCAAUACCAUGUGAAGCAUCAUCAGAUUUUUUCUAUCUAAAUGAACGUAUUGGUGAUGAAACUGCCGAUUUUCUUACGGAUGCUGAUAUUGAAAAAGCACAGGCAGCACGUCCAGAAUAUCGUGCUGCAGCCAGAGCUCGUGCUAAACGGCGUCGUGCUAUUUCGAAAUUGAAAAAACGUAGAAGUACUACAUCACGUGCUGAUCAAAACCAGCCACAACCAUAUCCGGUUUUAGUGGAUGAUCUAAAUACCGCAAGUAGUAAUAUUGAUGGAAAAGUUAUUAUAACUAGUCCGAAAUUAAUUAAAAUAACUAAACCAUCAUCGCCAUCGUCAUCUGAAUCAUCUAAAUCAUCAUCAACUAAAUCGAAAUUUAAACCAUCCAAAUCAAAACAAACAUCAUCAUCAUCAUCAUCAUAUGAUUUCUGUGAAACGUAG